AUGGACCACAGAAACAGCAGCAACUUAGUGUUUGGAUUUAUCUUUCGAGGACUAGUGCAGUCCCUGGAACUACGGGCCCUGCUGUUUGCUGCUUUCUUUGUUGUAUACAUCACUGCUAUUUUGGGAAAUCUCUUUGUGGUUCUGACUAUCUGGAAUAGCCCUCGUCUCCAUACACCCAUGUAUUCCCUCCUAGGCCACUUGUCUUUUGUUGACAUUUGCUAUUCCCUGAUAGCCACUCCAAGGAUGCUGAGGGACCUGCUGGCAGAGACCAAGCAAAUUUCAUUUUCAGGUUGCUUUACCCAGCUUUUCUUCAUCCAUUUCUUGGGUGGCACUGAGAUACUUCAUCUGGUAGUCAUGGCAUAUGACCGCUAUGUUGCGAUCUGCAGACCUCUACAUUAUGCUGCCCUCAUGAAUCCAGCUACCAGGAGUCAUUUUUUAAUGGCUUCUUGGCUAGGGGGAUUGGUGCAUUCAUCCCUCCAACUUGCUCUUUUACUUCCACUUCCCUUCUGUGGUCCCAAUGAGUUAGACAACUUCUACUGUGACAUUAUGCAGGUUCUGGAGCUGGCCUGCACAGACACAUAUGCUGUGGAACUCCUGCUGGUUGGCAACAGUGGGCUGGUCACCUUGCUAGUCUUUCUGGCCUUGCUCACCUCCUAUUCUGUUAUCCUUGUUACCCUAAGGGCACACUCAGCCCAGGCUCGGGCCAAGGCAUUAUCUACUUGUGGUGCCCACAUAACAGUGGUCGUACUGACCUUUAUUCCUGCACUCUGUGUCUAUGCUUGGCCUUUUCGGGACCAAUCCCAGGACAAGGCUAUCUCAGUGCUACACAUUGUGCUAUUGCCUAUGCUCAACCCCCUAGUCUAUACUCUGAGAAACAAGGAGAUGCAUGAGGCCAUGAAGGGAGGUUGCAUGAGGGCUUUCCUCUGGUUGGGAAGGUGA